CGCGCGUGUGAUGUGUUUGUGAAUCCUCAGUGUUUUCUCUCUUGCGUGUUUCAUUGAGUGUAAACAGAGUCUUGUCUCUGUGUAUUUUAUUGUUGAGAUGAUGAGAUGUGCUUUGCUGUUAAUGAGUAGGAACUGAUCUGUCUAUGCUGGAUAUAUUGAUGAUUUCAUCACAGAAAUCUCUCAGCUGAAGAAAGAGGUGGCGUUACUGGAGACAAAGCUGAGGUCAAGAGGAGAUUUAGCAAUGAAUCGAGAGGAUGUGGAUUGUUGUGAAUCUUCAGUGUAUGUGACUGAUGAUGGGAGUCUGGAUUCAGUGUGGAUGAGCAGAGAUCAGAGCCGCACACCACAGCCACUGCUGGACUCUAAACUCUCUGAAGAGAAAUCCAGACACACAGAGGACUCCGAGCUCAGUCUGACUUUACUCUGUUAUACUGAGUCAAAGCCCACAGACACUCAGGACACUACAGUGUGUGACAGUAAACAGAGCUUACAGGAGGAUCAAACCUCCACAGAGUCUCUGGAUUCUGUCUGUAACGCUGGAGAACAGCAGCAGAUCCUGCAGACCACACUGAAGAUGUGUUCAGUUAAACUCAUCGACUGCACGAACCUCAUGAUGAAGAUUAAAACUGAACCCACAGAAAUCAAACCUGAACCCACAGAAAUCAAACCUGAACCCACAGAAAUCAAACCUGAACCCACAGAAAUCAAAACUGAACCCACAGAAAUCAAAACCGAACCCACAGAAAUCAAAACCGAACCCACAGAAAUCAAAACCGAACCCACAGAAACCAAACCUGAACCCACAGAAAUCAAAACUGAACCCACAGAAGAGGAAGGUCGAAAUGAGGAACAUGAUGAUUUUAAUCCAUCAGAUGUGAAGAGUGAUUCAUGUUUGGAUAUAGAAGUAACGUCCUCAACAUCAUUCAGCUCACAGAGACAUUUAGAGAGACAUGAGAGAAAACACACAGAACAGAAACUCUUCACCAGAUCUGAGAUCAGCUUUACUACCUUACAAGAGAAGAAACUUCAUUCAGAAGACCACAGAGAGAAGAAGAAGAAGUUGUUUCACUGUGAGCAGUGUGGGAGGAUUUGUGUAUCAUUCUCUAAACUAAAUAUUCACAUGAGGACACACAGUGGUGAAAAGCCUUUCAACUGCACUGAAUGUGGAAAAUACUUCAAAACCAAACACAAUCUUAAAGUUCAUCAGAGAAUUCAUACAGGAGAAAAACCUUACAAAUGCACUGAGUGUGAAAAGAGCUUCUCUAAUUCAUCUAAUUUAAGAGUUCAUCAUCAGAGAGUUCAUACUGGAGAAAAAACGUACGAGUGUCCUCACUGUGAGAAGAGAUUUAGCUGUAAACGUGGUCUGAAGACUCAUGUGCGUUCACACACCAAUAAGAGACCGCAUCAGUGCAGUGAAUGUGGAAAAACCUUUAGGGAUUCACGUUUAUUAAAAAAACACCAGAAUAUUCACUUUAAAGAGAAACUCUAUCAGUGUCCAUACUGUGAUAAACGUUUCUGCCACAACUAUAAGCUGAUAAUCCAUGAGAGAGUUCACACUGGAGAAAAACCUUACAAAUGCUCUCAAUGUGACAAGACUUUUCACCGUUCACGUAACUUAAAAUUCCAUCAAACAGUUCACACUGGAGAAAAACCUUACAAAUGCUCUCAAUGUGACAAGACUUUUCACCGUUCACGUAACUUAAAAUUCCAUGAGAGAGUUCACACUGGAGAGAAACCUCAUCACUGUAGUGUCUGUGGGAAGAGUUUUAGUCGCCAAUCAAACUUACUAAGUCACCAAAAAGUUCAUACAGGUGAAAGACCUUACAAAUGCUCUCAGUGUGACAAGACGUUUACUUUUUCAUCUAACUUAAAAGGCCAUCAGAGAGUUCAUACUGGAGAGAAACCUUACGUCUGCGCUCAAUGUGGAAAGCGCUUCUCUAGUUCAUCUCAAUUCAUAGAGCAUCAGAGAGUUCAUACUGAAAAGAAACAUCAUCACUGUAGUCUCUGUGGAAAGAGCUUCUCUAGAUUAUCUCAAUUCAGAGUUCAUCAAAGAGUUCAUACUGGAGAGAAACCUUAUCACUGUAGUGUCUGUGGGAAGAGUUUUAGUGUAAAGGAUACCUUACUAAGGCACCAGAGAGUUCAUACAGGUGAAAAACCUUACAAAUGCUCACAGUGUGACAAGAGUUUUGCUUAUUCAGGUCACUUCAGAGUCCAUCAGAAAGUUCACACUGGACAGAACCUUUAACUCUUUCCACACUAGCGUUUUAAAAAAGUUGCCUGCCAGCAGCAGCAUUUUUCAUGAUUUCUUCCAGAAAACUUACAAAAUAUCAAAUGAAAAA